AUGGAAUGCAUUGCUUACCACACCUACAAUGGAUACCUGAAUCUGGAGUGUGCAUCUGUGCAGGAUCCAACUGGGGUGCAGAUAAUUACUCCGACGAGUACGGAGUACACCUACGGUAGGCACAUGUUGUCAAACUGGAGUGCACAUGUUUGUUCUUAUGGCUCUUUCUUACCUACGGCUUGGAAGACCUCGAAAGGAAAGGCACGAAGCAUUGAAGCACGGGUGGCUGGUGUCGUGAAUUACCGGAAACAGAUGGCACUACGGCCAGCAGGGGAAAGCGGCCGGGAUAGAUUAGUCACUAGUCUAUGGUCUGCUCCACUGGCAAAGUCAGAUCCAGAGCAUCUUUUGCUCGUUCAGAUUCAGCGAACAAACUUCUCCCAUCUAGAAAUCUACUACUACAUGAUUAACAGUGCACAAAUCCCUUGGUGUUGCGAGCGCCGAAGCUGUACGAGUUCAUGGCCGUUCGUUCAAAUGCCAGAUGCCACGAUUGCUACUAGAGUUAACGUUGUGGUGUGCGAAGAGCUUCCUAAUGCCCAGCUCGGUGGCUAUUCGGUUCAUUCGAACAAGGCGUGCCGAGGACUCGAAAGGUGCGGAUCGAAAGCUUGUCCCCACUCAGCGCGCCAAUCCAACGGCAGCCCGUCGUACAAAUAUUUCGUCACUGUGCACCGUACAGGUGCCACUCAGCAUUUUCACUUUGAACUCUCCAUGGCAUCUACUUAUCUCUUAUAUCCGGCGAAGGAGACGAAGAAGACGGCCCAUGUAGGGUAUGCUGAUGCGACUCAGAUGCUUGCAGGCUUCAUAUAUUACUUACGAUAUCGUGUCACACCAUGCACGGUCCCGUUACCACAGACGCACAAACAAAAUUUUCAUUCCUUUACGUCAACCGCCCUGCGCUAUGUGGACCUCGCCAUCCUACAACCGCCCAGGGUCUCUCCUCUGAGAGAUAGCAUGGAUCGGUCAACUUCGGGCACCGGGUGCAUGGUGCGCGUGGGGAUGAGCCCGUUUGCCAUUCUAUUACUCAACUCCCAAAUGCGGAGAGAUAAGCCCUCUGAUUUAAGAUGCGAGUGCAGUCAUAUUGGACCGGGAACCUUGGUAGCUCUCUUCAGUUCCGUGAGCAUUCCACUAGCGCGUCUUCGCCAGCAGGACCCCAAAUACCGACCUCGCGCCCUUGAGAUUUUUCGCAUCCUCCUCUCUCAUCCCACAUCUACAUCGCUAUACACCAUUUCCCUUUUCAACAUGCAGGAGGUUCCCCUUACCAAUGCUGCCGUGGAUACUCCAGCGCCCACGCACGAUGCGGCCGCACCACCCACCUACCGUUUUGGUGAAGACUUCUCUUCCGAAGGCAAGAAGAGCGAUCCGGAGCUCAUGAUGCCGGUUGAAAAGACUGCCACCGUACAAGAAGGAUCGGAAAAGUUCAACCGACUCGGCUGGAAACGUCUCACUGUCUGCUUGAUCGUUGAAGCCAUUGCCCUCGGCUCGCUCAGUAUUCCCAGUGCGUUCGCAAAACUAGGCAUGAUCGCUGGUGUCAUCAUGUGUGUCGGUCUCGGUCUGGUCGCCAUCUACACAAGUUAUGUCGUUGGGCAGGUCAAGCUCAGGCACCCUCAAGUGGCACACUACUCAGACGCCGUGGAGCUCAUCUGGGGUCGUUUUGGAAAGGAACUGACGGGAGUCAUGUUUUGCCUGUUUCUGAUCCUGCUGGUUGGAUCACACGCACUCACUGGGACUAUCGCCUUUAUCAACAUUGUCGACAACUACAAGACUUGUGCGCUUGUUUGGGGUGUGGUGUCUCUGGUCAUCCUUCUGGUUCUCGCGCUCCCUCCCACAUUCGCGGAAUUUGCCAUCUUGGGUUACAUCGACUUCAUCAGUAUCAUCGUUGCUAUUCUAGUGACCAUCAUCGCAACUGGUGUUCAAGCACACAAUGCACCUGGUGGAAUGAGUGCUGUUAACUGGACUGCCUAUCCACCUCCCGAUGUGACAUUCUACGAGGCUUUCUUGGCAGCCACCAACAUCAUCUUCGCAUACUCAUUCGCUGUAUGCCAAUUCUCGUUCAUGUCUGAGAUGCACACACCUAAGGACUAUGUGAAGUCCAUCUGGGCACUGGGUCUCAUAGAGAUCUUCAUUUAUACUCUUACUGGCGCGCUUAUUUACGCCUUUGUUGGUCAGGAUGUCAAGUCGCCCGCUUUGCUUUCCGCUGGCGAUACCAUUUCUCGGAUCGCUUUCGGCAUCGCUCUCCCAGUCAUUUUCAUCUCUGGCAGCAUUAACGGUACCGUUGUCGGACGCUACAUCAUGGACCGCGCGUUUCCCAACUCGCCCAUCCGCUUCGUUCAGGGCGUAAAAGGCUGGGGCGUCUGGAUCGUGCUAAUCUCUGUCAUCACAGUUAUCGGCUUUGUCAUUGCAGAGGCUAUCCCCUUCUUCAACGCACUGCUCGGAUUGAUCUCUUCGCUCUUCAUCUCUGGAUUCACAUUCUAUUUCCCCGCGCUUUUCUGGUUCCAGCUUGUAAAGGUUGGAAAGUGGAAUGCUAGCUGGAGAAAUAUCUCACUCAGCAUCCUCAAUGCAUGCACUUUCCUCAUUGGUAUUAUUGUUCUAGGUUGUGGCACCUAUGCGUCGGUUGAGGACAUCAUGACUCAAUACAACUCUGGUAGUGUUAGGAGUCCUUUCACAUGCUCUGCAGAAGCAUAUGCAUAG